GAAUGGAAAAAUUAGGAUUAAAAGAAGAUGGGCUGCGUAUUUUUGAUGCGGAAGAUGGAACAGAAAUUGAUGAAGACGAAUGUCUUUUGGAAUGUGAUAAAGGAACUACUUUUCUUAUUUCAAAAGAAUGGAAAUUUAAUCCUGAAACACAAAUUGUCGACAAUGUUGAUGAAAUCAUAGAAGUUUCUACUCCAACGUCUCUAAUUACAGAAAGCCAGGAUCAAAACAAAAAUAGCGAAGAGAGGAAUGUCGAAGCUGGAGCUACAAUGCAAACGAAUGUUUUUAACGGAGUAAAAAAAGAUGAACAUGCAGAAGAAAAGAAAGAAAAAGUUCCAGGUCAUUACUGUCAUGCUUGUUAA